GUCCAAUAUUGGGCGCUGCCAGUUGCGCAAAAGCGCUGCCGAUCAGCUCUCUCUGUGUCUUCUGAAGGGUCAAGAGUUCCUGCGACAAAGCGCGUCGGACAGUGCAAACGACAUUGCAGAACUGCAUUGAAUCCGCUGCUAAGUUGAUAAGUUGAACUUUAUCUUUCAGGGGAGUGACCUCCGAGAAAUCAUUAUGUAGCCGCCUUCAAAGACAGCCUAUGCUAUUCGAGUUCGACCAAAACCCGCUCUCCUAACGUCACAAGUCCCUCUCUAUCAGAAGCUGAUGUAAAUGCUGAUGUCAACAGGGAGCAGCGCAUUGUCAAUUCAGCUGAGAGCGCCAGCUGUUCAAUUGAUCCAAUGCGGCACUCCUGCCCAGUCCGACAAUUUCGAGAUUUCAUCAGGAGAAGCUCAUGCAGAUUGUGGUCUGGUUGAGCUGCAGAGAAGUAUCGAAAGUAGAUCCCUUGCAUGAACCAUAUAGCAGCCCCUGCUGAUUCGCCCAGGCACAGAAAGCGGCGGAAGGCACCCUACACACCAUUUGACUCGCAUCUCUCAGAAUACGACGUUGAGGGAGGCAGUCCUCGCCUCAAAGAGCUGACUCACGGUGACACAAAGAAGGGACACCACAGUCCCAAGCAGGUCAUUGGUGGCUUCUGGUGGCCUGCAAGUCCGCCCCACGCAAAAGUGGAUCCUGCUCUUGCUGAAAGAGGGCCUGCGUUGGCGAUAAGCAGGAUGGCUGCUGUCGGAGCGGAUGAGAGCAAGGGGCGUGGCACUCCGAGCUUCCGGAAUCCUACACGCAGCACAGACAAUCUGCUGAAGGUCUUCUGCGGUGUAGCAAUUCUCCUGAUCAUUGGCAUCACCGCACUUCAUCACACCUCUCCACGACAUCAUCACUCAGACGAAACGUCGGAUGGGAGCUACCGACCGACAUGGGGAGGCUCUGCAUGGGAGGCAACUGUGCGGAAGUCAGCAGAGCGCUCGGAGGAUGGACACUUGGUUGUGCUCGUGACUGGGGCUGCAGGGUUUGUGGGGUCGCAUGUGUCAAUGGCUCUGAAGAAGCGGGGAGACGGAGUUGUUGGUCUGGACAACUUCAAUGACUACUAUCCAGUUGCGUUGAAAAGGGCUCGUGCCGCGAAUCUUGCCAACGCUGGCAUUUUCGUGGUGGAGGGUGACCUGAACGAUCAAGCUCUCCUAGCUCGCCUUUUCAAGCUUGCGGGAAUCACGCACGUCCUUCACUUAGCUGCUCAGGCUGGAGUUAGAUACGCUGUCCACAAUCCCAAGGCUUAUGUGCACAGCAACAUCGCCGGGUUUGUGUCACUGUUUGAGGAAUGCAAGAAUGCGAAGCCUCAACCAGCCAUCGUGUAUGCGUCCUCGAGCAGUGUCUACGGGACGAACGAAAAGGUGCCCUUCUCGGAAGAUGACCGGACCGACCAGCCCGCCAGCUUGUAUGCAGCGACCAAGAAAGCUGACGAAGUUUUGGGGCACACGUACAACCACAUCUACGGCCUCUCCAUCACGGCUCUCAGGUUCUUCACCGUGUACGGCCCCUGGGGCCGCCCCGACAUGGCCUACUUCUCCUUCACGCGUAACAUCAUGGACCGCCAGCCGAUCAAGAUCUUCCAGGGCCCGGACCAGACCGAGCUGGCACGUGACUUCACGUUCAUCGAUGACGUCGUCAAGGGCUGCAUAGCGAGCCUGGACACCGCGGAGCCGAGCAUCGGGUCCGAGGGGCGCAAGCUGGGCCAGCGCGCGCAGCUGCGGACGUUCAACCUGGGAAACACGCAGCCGGUGCAAGUCAGCACGUUCGUGGGCAUCCUGGAGAAGCAUCUGAACCGGGAAGCCAUCCGGAAUUACAUUCCGAUGCCCAGUACUGGCGACGUCCCCUUCACGCAUGCUAACGUGACCAGAGCACGAAAUGAGCUUGGGUACAACCCGUCCACUGACCUCGAGACUGGACUAGGCCACUUUGUCAAGUGGUACCUUGAUUACUACGGCCAGGGAUCAAAGAACGAAGCUUCGCUUCAAGGUUACAAGCCGUACUAGUACCCCUGCUUUGAUCUUCCAUAAAACGGCUUCAUUACUCGGCAUUGAUGCACGCGGAAUUCAGCAAAGGUCUCCGGCCUUUCCAAGCCAUAUUUUAGCGUACAUGGAUGCAAAAGUAGCGUAAAUCGAGCAAGGACUGACUUAAUCGGAUAGUUACAGUCAAGUGGCCCUUGAAACAAGGUGAGAAGCACAUAUUUUAAGUGCAGAAUAGACUGAAAUCAUUCUUCGAGUUCAGGCCGUAAUAAUAAGAAAAAUAUAAGCCAUCCAACGCCUUGUUAGAUUGACAGAGCCAAGAGAAGAAGCUGAGCUAGCUGAGCGGCUACUGAGCACGUUAUGUAAGACGGUGACCAUCUACAGUGCCUAACUGAUUGGUAAGUGUGUUCGAUCCAAUCGGUUGAAAUCAAUCACCAUGUGUUAAGGGAAGGAUGAAGCCUCGGACUCAAGGCUGAGCGAGAGAGGGAGUCCAUAGCGUUCUAGAAGUAGCCCGCGACCAUGCCCCUAACUCGGAGGCCGCAGAAGCCACCACUCCAGAUCUCAAAAAAGAUUGCCGUGCAGGAUAAGGUAGUUUCAGCCGUCAAAAAGUCCAUCGACGGCGCAAAUGUGCCCCAUCCAAACAGCAGACAGAAAGUAGUGACAAUUACGGGGCAAAAAUGCUCUGCGCGUGCACAGUGUGCAAUUUGCCGUACCGCCGCACGAGCAAAAUGUUACCGGAG